AAGCUGACUCGACUGCAAAAAGACCCCGAACAACCAUCACAGCCAAGCAGCUGGAAACGUUAAAGAAUGCUUACAAUAACUCUCCGAAACCAGCACGUCAUGUCCGAGAGCAGCUAUCCUCAGAGACAGGUCUGGACAUGCGGGUUGUUCAGGUUUGGUUUCAGAACCGGAGAGCAAAAGAAAAGCGGCUAAAGAAAGAUGCAGGGCGGCAGAGAUGGGGCCAGUACUUCCGCAACAUGAAGAGGUCCAGAGGAAGCUCUAAAUCUGACAAGGACAGCAUUCAGGAGGAGGGCAUGGACAGUGAUGCUGAGGUGUCCUUCACAG